GGAUACCUGACACUUGGCAUGGAAGACCACAUCUGCCGCUCCCACUCUACUGCCGAAACCCCAGGCAUGGAAGAGAAUUUAGGCCUGCUCCUGCCUGCAACUCUUGCUGCUGCCACAGUAGCAGCAGUGGAAGCGAAGGGAGGCGGGAACGGAGGAGGCGAGAAUAGAGAACACCAAGGCCGGGAGCUCCUGCAAGGGUGGGGCCGCCCUGAGGGCUACGGGCAGAAGACCCACAUCGAGGUCACGCUCAGCCAGCGCCAAUCCAACAAUGCCGCAGCGCCGCAUCGUAAUACCUGCAUCGCCGCAUCGCAGUGCCCGCGGAAGCAAUCGAUCUUCUUGUCCAAUUCGAUCGUCCCAAUGGCAGACUCCUCACAAGCAGAGGCCAUCCUUCGCGUAUCGGCAAGCUGCCGAUCGAGAGAAGCGGCGACGGCCGCAUUUGAGCAGAGGCCUCGUGCAGCGUCUGCAGCCAGACCCAAGCCAUUCAGUCGCGGACGUCAUCCUUGCUCGAGAUGGCCAAGUGCUGAGGCGGAGGCGGAGGCGGAGGCGGAGAAGCAGGAGGACGGCGAGGGGAACGAGGAGAAGGACUGCGGCCCAGAAACCACGCUAGACACACAUGGAUAUGGCUCAAGCCCCAUGGAUCAUGGGCAUACCUGUAGCCGACGAGGACGGCCAGGUAGGAGGAAGAGGAGGACGCAGCAGGACAGAGGAGGAGGACGACAGAGGCCGGGCGGAGGAGGACAGAGAAGACGGAGGACAGGGGACGGGGAGUGGAGCGGGGCUAGUGGUGAGCUCGCUGUUGGGUCCCUGCCCCUCGACACCAGCCUUCCGCGGGGGGCGCGGCAGGGCCGCCGGACAGACAGGGGCAAACGGCCCAAAGGCAACGUCUGCGUCCCCCCCCGCCGACAACUUGUGGCCUCGCGUCCCCCUUCGCGCAGGUGUUGCGAGGGAUGCAGAAGGCAGAGGCUCAGGCAGUGCCUCCGCCUUGAGGCCGAAUUCAUUCUUCAGUCACAACGCUUGCCCUCAAGCGCUACGGUCUUGUGGUCAGAGCCGGCUGAGCGCAAAAGAGAGGAAGUCAAUCUGCCUUGGGCCCCUCACCAUCGGGUGGGGGCACGUACGGCUGCCAGCCCUUUCCAGGGCCCAGGCCUCUCCGCUCCAGCAUCUCCAACAGGUCGGACUCGUCCUUGGGGGUCCAGGACCGCCGAGCGUCCAGGGACGCGACCCUGCUGCCGUCCUCGUAGAAGACGAUGGUGGGGGCCUGGUCGACGCCGCACUUGCCGCUGAUCGCCUUGCAAUUGUAGACGUCCACCGCUGCGAAGUUGACCUGCUCGCAGCCCGAAGCCUUGCUCAACUUCGCGAAAUAGUGGCUCGCCGCCCUGCUGGUGAUGGCCGCCGGGGCGUCUGGCCACCUGCCGUAGAAGUUCACGAGCACGUGCCUCGACCCUGAGAGGGUGUCGUCGAACGUGCUGGGGCAGCUGACCCUGGUCACGCGGGAACCCUCGUACUCGUCCGGGGGGUCGUUCCUGACGAUGCCCAGCUGGUAGAGUGCCCAGUAGACCGUCCAGCAGAGCAGAAGAAGGACCCACCAAUACUCCUGGAGAAGCGGUCCGUACUCGGCCAGGCCCAUGGCCCCGCCCGCGGCCCACGCGAAGGCCGGGGCAGGCCCUCUGAG